CAUGCAGAGGACCAGUUUGAUCGGGAUCCCCAGCCUGGAGCGAGCCGGAUCCUUCUCGCAGCAGUUCAAGGCCACGCGGUUCUCCUAUCACCUGGAGAGCGGGGCCGGUGGGCCCCGAGCCGGCCCCCUGGGCCAGGGCUCCCGGCUGCUGGUCAAGAGUCUGUCCCUGGAGCCGCAAAGCGAACCCUGGCGUCCGGAGACUGCCCAGCGCCUCAGCUCAGCCCCUGGGCCCCACAGUGACGGCGGGGAGCCCCGAACUGCCCUGCCCAGGCGGGCCCCGGGCCCCAAACCACAGGUCCCGCCCAAGCCAGGUCACCUCCAGAGCGCCCAUCCCCCGUGGCCCCCGCCCCCCAUCCCCCCACCCCCCUCGCGCCCCCUCCCGGCCAACCCCCGCCUGGGCCCCCGGAGCCCCCUGACGCUGCACCCCGAGGCCCAGGAUGGAGCUGGCUCCACGGCCGUCUUGUCCCUCAUCGAGAAGUUUGAGAGGGACCCUGUAAUCCCGACCCCGGAGCAGCCACCCCCAACUGCCAGCCCGGACCCCCCGAUCCCUGGGGAGGCCGGCGCAGCCGAUGUAACCCCCAAGCUGCUGGCGCUUUGGGAUCUGCCGGGGGGGCAGGAGUCAGGGCCAGCCGGGUGGGGGGACCAGACCCCCUGCCUGCCCCCCCCGGCCCCCAGCGGGAAACUGGCCAACCGGGACAGCGGCUUUGACAGCAUCAGCUCCCCCUCCACCAGCGAGGAGCUGGGCUUCGGGGGGGACGAGGGGCAGGGCGACGGGGGGGGCGUCCCGGCCCCCCCCCCCGGCCCCGACUCCGAGGUGGACAGUGACCUGGACGAGGGGAGCGGGGACGACGGGGAGCCAGGGCCGGGCAUGGGCCCCCCCCGGGCUGAGAGAGACAACGGGCCGGAGCUCACAGCCCCGCAAAAAGCCUUCCACAUCGCCAGCGAGCUGCUGCAGACAGAGAAGGCUUAUGUCGCCCGGCUGCACCUGCUGGAUCAGGUGUUCUGUGCCCGUCUCCUGGAGGAAGCCCGCAGCAGAAGCUCUUUCCCCGGCGACGUGGUGAUGGGGAUUUUCUCCAACAUCUGUUCCAUCUACUGUUUCCAUCAGCAGUUCCUGCUGCCCGAGCUGGAGAAGCGCAUGCAGGAAUGGGACAGGCACCCCUGCAUCGGGGACAUACUGCAGAAGCUGGCGCCGUUUCUCAAGAUGUACGGGGAGUAUGUCAAGAACUUCGACCGGGCCAUGGAGCUCGUCAACACCUGGAUGGAGCGAUCCGCCCACUUCAAGCUGAUUGUCCACCAGAUCCAGAUGGAGGAGGCCUGCGGGAAUCUCACCCUGCAGCACCACAUGCUGGAGCCCGUCCAGAGGAUCCCCCGUUAUGAGCUUCUGCUGAAGGAUUAUCUGCAGCGCCUGCCCCCCGGCGCCCCGGACAGCAGGGAUGCAGAGAAGUCCCUGCAGCUGAUUGCGACGGCAGCAGAGCAUUCGAACGCCGCCAUCCGCAAAAUGGAACGGAUGCACUCCUUGCUGAAGGUGUACGAGCUGCUGGGCGGGGAGGAGGACAUCGUUAGCCCCACUAACGAGCUCAUUAAGGAAGGCCACAUCCUCAAGCUGUCCGCCAAGAAUGGGACCACACAGGACCGGUACCUGAUCCUGUUCAACGACCGGCUGUUGUGCUGCGUCCCGAAACUGCGUCUCCUCGGCCAGAAAUUCGGGGUCCGGGCCCGGAUCGACGUGGAGGGGAUGGAGGUGAAGGAGUCGAGCGGCGUCAACCUGCCCCGGACCUUCCUGGUGUCGGGGAAACAGCGCUCGCUGGAGCUGCAGGCGAGGACGGAGGAGGAGAAACGCGACUGGAUCCAGGCAAUUCGGGCCACGAUCCUGAAGCUGGAGCAGAUGCCGGUGGGAGCUGCCCCCCGGGAAGAGGAAGAGCCUUGGGCUGGAUCGCCGGUGAGCGCACACGCGUGUGGCCGGGAGCUGGGGCGCCGGGCGCCGACGCCGAUCCGGGAGAAGGAGGUGACGCUCUGCAUGCGGUGCCAGGAGCCCUUCGCCGCCCUCACCAGACGCCGCCACCACUGCCGGGCCUGCGGCCGCGUGGUCUGCGGGAAAUGCUCCGAGUUCCGGGCCCGGCUUCUCUACGACAACAACCGGCCCAACCGGGUCUGCGGGGGCUGCUUCGCCGCGCUGCACGGCCCCCCCGGGACCCCCGGUGAGUCCCCACCAUGCCCCCAGAACCCCUGGCCCCCACCGCGCCGCCGCUCCAUCCUCGAGAAGCAGGCGUCGGAGGCGGCUGAGCGCAGCGUCGUCUGCAGCUUCCUGCACUACAUGGAGCCGGGCGCCAAGGCCUGGCACAAAGGCUGGUUCGUCGUCCCGCAGAGCGAACCCCUGGUGCUCUACGUCUACGGGGCCCCCCAGGACGUGAAGGCCCAGCGCAGCCUCCCGCUGAUCGGCUUCGAGGUGACGGGCCCGGAGCCGGGUGCGCGGCUCGACCGGCGUCACUCGUUCGCCAUCCGCCAGAGCCAGCUGCGCUGGCAGUUCGGCGCCGAGUCGGAGGGGCUGCAGCGGCGCUGGAUGGAGGCCCUGAGCCGGGCCGGGCGGGGGGAGUUGCCCCCUGUGCCUGGGCCCAUCCCCGAGGCCGAGGAGGGGGCCGAGGGCACCUGAUGGCACCCGGGGGCUGGACUGGACACCCCCAACGAACGAUACUUGAACUGUCCUCAGGCACUUUGAGACGCCCCCUCGCGGGGCAUCGCCUCAGCGCUGGGCUCCUGGCAAGCCCCCCCGCCCCCCCGGGGGCACCGGCUCCCAUCCCGCCCCGGGGCGGGGAUUGGCUGACUCGCUGGGGGCAGGGGGCAGGGAAUGGGGCUUGUCCCCCCCCCUCCACCCUUCAUGCACCAGGCAGAACCCCCACAAGUUCAGGCCCAGCCGUUACGUGGUGUAACCCCCCCUUUGUUCAGCUGCGACCUGCCCCCCCUGGCGGGAUCUACGUGCCGGCUCACCCCCGUCUCAUGCGGCACACACCAGGGCUGGGGACACGCUUAGCACACGACUAUUUUAUUGUUGCUGACAUGCAGUGGCUGGCCACUAGGGGCGGCCUCGCGUCCACGGGGGCGCCCCGACUCCCCCCCCCAUUUUCCAGUGUCCUUGGGAGCCGGGCGUUGUUGUUAAAGCUCCGUCAGCGGAUUUCUUAAUACAGGUUUUGUUUUGUU